UCUCACAGCACAUGUGGACCAGGGGAGACACUGAUGAACAGACUGAAGACUGGGGCAGCACACUCAUUCACACUCACCACAACAACACACUCGAACACGCGCACACAUAGCACAUGCCAAAACCUACACACACAUAGAUGCACAAUAUCACACUGAAACACCUGCACACACACCUAUGCAUACACAUCAACACACUGAAACAGCUACACACAGACACAUAGAUACGCAUACACAGGCAUACAAACCUGACGUCUUGCUUGUGCAGCAGCAGCAGCGAUGAGAGAGUCCCCAACGAGCAUGGUGCUGUCUCUUUAGAAGGCCGGGUGAGGAGCUGUGCUCUGUUAGAAGAGGAUCCUUGUCUGCCAGGACUACACAGGCCAGCUUCUGCCUAUGAGAUCUAUGAGACACAGGUCACGCUGUAGGUGACGAGCCUGGGGACUCAGCCAGGGGAGCGGGAAGUGGCUCAGAGCCAGAGGGGGGGUCAUCACCACCACUGUGGGGUAAGCCGCAAGACGGGGGCGGGAGGCUGAUAUGUCUUUCACCCUGGUGCAUCCAGGCUCGGGAGGAGGACGCCUCCUGUGCUCGGCCUCGGACCUGGACAUCAUGUCAGGGGAUGAGGAGAACAAUAACAGCAGCAGUGAGGACUCCCACGCUGAGCACCUCACCACGAAGGCCUUCCGCCUGGACGUGUCGGGCCUCGGAGGUCUGAAAGGCGCCGUCUCCUCCGGCAGGAAACGCAAACUGGGCUGCCGUCCACCUGCUCAGAUGAUGACGAUGACGGGCACAGACGUAGCGGCGGCGGCGCGCACCGUGGUGACUGAGAUCCGGCAGCGGCACGCGGCCAACGCGCGCGAGCGGGACCGCACCAACAGCGUCAACACGGCCUUCUCGGCGCUGCGCACGCUCAUCCCCACCGAGCCGGCCGACCGCAAGCUGUCCAAGAUCGAGACCCUGCGCCUGGCCUCCAGCUACAUCUCCCACCUGGGCAACGUGCUGCUGCUGGGGGAGGCGUGUCGUGACGGACAGCCCUGCAACCGACCACCACCACCCAGCGCCCUGUACCGACCUGGACAUGCAGCUCGCAACAGCAGCCCCCCCAGCCCCACAACAGACACAGAGAACUCACAACCCAGACAGAUCUGCACAUUUUGCCUCAGCAACCAGCGUAGGAUGACUAAAGACCGAGACAGGAAAUCAGCAAUUAGAAGCUAACCUGGAAGAAUGAACGAGUCACAAUGUAAGGAUCUUCAUCAUGUAUAUACUUUGUACUUUUUUGUAAAUAUCCAAAUAUAUUUAAAAGAUGAACUACUAU